GUUGGAAGUUCUAUGAGAUUUUUCUUCUUUUGGCUUGUGAUGUAAGCGAACACUGUUGUUUCUUUCUUGCUCAUUCAUAACAGUUCUGACUUUUUUAUUGCUUUCAUUCGGAUCACUUCGCAGCAGUAUCGCCUCCGUCUUUUCUGAUCUAUUGUCACGACACUACCUAUUCCAUUGCCAUUUCGAUUAGCUACAAAUUUCGUUAAAAGCAAGCUGUCCAGUCGCAGCCAUGGCGUACAUUCGCAAGGUGGUCAUUACCAAAUUUGGAGACGUCGAUGUCCUGCAAAUCGUCAACACUACUUGCCCCCCGCCGCCUGCCCAGCAUGUGCAGAUCAAGACGGAGUACUCGGGCUUCACUGGCGGUGACAUCAGCAUGCGCAAGGGAAUUUACCCUGACCAAGUCGGAGCACCGCUCACACCCGGCUACUGCCUAGUUGGGACGGUCAGUAAGCUCGGAGACUUGUGCUCCGAUUUGCAGGUUGGCGACUGCGUAGCCGUCCUUACCAAGUACGACGCGCAAGCUGAAUUGGUCAACCAGCCGGAAAAGUAUUGUGUCAAAGUUCCACAGGGGCUGGACCAUCAACAGGUCACAGCCUUAAUUUGCGACUGGAGCACGGCAUAUGCCAUGGUCACGGAGACGGCCCGUGUUACCGCCGGACAGCGUGUCUUCAUUCACGGAAUGAGCGGCGGCGUCGGAACAGGGCUGAUGAUCCUUUGCAAGCUGCAGGGAGCAGACGUUUAUGGAACAGCAAGCGAGCGUAACCAUGAAAGUAUCCGCGCCGCUGGAGCUCAUCCCUUUGUGUACACGGACAAGAAAUGGAUGGAGGCCAUGACGAGCCUUGGUGGCGCCCAUGCUGUGUUUGAUGCUCUUGGCUUUGAGAGUUUCGAUGAAAGUUACGAUAUAUUGACAGAAACGGGUAUUCUUGUCGCCUUUGGCACCAAUGGUGAUUCUUUGUCAGGUGGCACUCUUCGAGACCCAGGGGAGGCCGUGGCGAAGCUCUUUGCUCGUAACGGACAGUGUGGUAGACGAACAACCUUUUAUGGUUUGUCCCGAGACGAUGCUUCCUAUAUCGAGAAUUUGAAGACAUUGAUAGAUAUGAUGCUGCAUGGUAAAUUUAAAGUGCCGAUCAGAAAGGUCUGGGAGCUCGAUCAGAUUUGGGACGCCCAUAAAGCUUGGAGCAGUGGAACGGGUAUCGGCUCCGUCGUGGUCAGAAUUGCAAAAGCAUGAAGCUGGAUAUAAGUA